GUCUCCCAUCAAAAAAAUGUCAAAAAUGUAUUAAACAAAAUUUCCGUACAAGUAAAACAAGUUACAAUAUGCCGAAACAAAAAACGCAAUCGAGAUUGGUGAAGACUGCUGCUCCUGUUCGCGUCCUUCGUCCUGUGAAUCCUCGUAAAUCAGCUACUCCACCGACUCCUUCGUACAGGACGUGCAUUAUGGACAUGCCGGAGGACAUCAUCCGAUUGCUUUAUGAUCAUCUGCCUUUAUUGGCGGAUAAAGUUAUGCUCGCCUGUGUGGAACCGAAAUUUAGAUCGGUUUUUGAAGGUUGGUCUAAAAAUCGACGCAUUAUCCUGGAAAUGGAAAGCCUGGAGACGAUGCCACUACCUCAACUGAUCAGAUUCUUCAAGGUUGCGGGACCUUUUAUUAAAGUCCUUCAAGUUGACUGCGCUUCCUUCCAAAAGGAAUCACUUCUUGUGGAGUUCGUAUCGGAAUUCUGUCCGGGAUUGGAGGAGAUCAACUACAGCAAUGCCACCGAUGAGUUUCACUAUCGCACAAUCAUGUCCAAAAUGACGCACCUGAAAAAGGUGACUAUUGAUUGUUUGGACGCAGAGGAUGUGCUAAAUUUUGAUUUGCAAUCAAAUCAGGAACUGGAAUCUUUUGAGUUGGUCAAUGGAUGCUAUACAGGCAAAAAUCUCUGCGGCUUUCCCAAUCUCAAAAACUUGGUACUUCGGGACUGCCUUUUAUGGAACUCUGGAGAAUUUGGAAUACCCCUGAAGUCUUUGAUAACAUUGGACCUUGAUGACUGCUGUUUCGAGGUAAUGAACCAAACCCUAUAUCAAAAGAUAGCCGACAGUUGUACGGAGUUAGUGGAGCUUCACUUUUCCGGUUGCGAUACCAAUUUCGAGGUGAUCGCCCAUUUGCCAAAACUUGAACGAUGCACUUUAAAAACCUGGAUGACCUCCAAUGAACUGAACAUUGGGUUUCUCACCGUUCUGGCCGAGAAUCACGGCAAGAAUCUGACCCAUCUCCAUUUAUCCGGACAGUUUCAGAUCACCAAUGAGCAUGCGAGGUGCCUGGGUCAAUUGAGUAGCCUCAAGGAUCUGCGGUUUAGCCACAACGAUGUCCUGGAGGAUGAUCACUUUAAGUUCUUCAACGAUCUCAGUCAGCUGGAAAAAUUUGGUCUUACUUGGUGCGGUCGCGUAAUGGACAUCGGAAUGAUGAGGAUGGUGCGAAAGUGCCUGCUGUUGAGAGUUAUCGAUCUAAGCGAUUGCGAGGAAAUCACCGAUGAGUUUGUGAUCAACGCCAUUGGAUUUUGCUCCAAGGGACCGGGUCGGAAGUUGGAAAUCAAUGUGAAGAGAACUAAGAUCAGGCAGGAUAUCCUAACGAAUUCGGAUUAUCUGGAUCCUUCAAAUCACGUUAAAGUUAAUUUUACUUAACGGAAGGUUUUCGAACGGAAAGAACUACAAUUCAAACAAAUAGGUGAUUAUUUAAUAGUACCUCUAUUAUUUUUAGGGUAACUUUGUUAAGCAGUUUGGAAGCUGUUUAGCAAAAAUGGAAUAUUGCUCCUUUUUGAAAGAACGUGAAAUAAAAAAGAUUGUAAAAAUAUAAAAAAGCUGCAGGAAACAAAUUUCAUUAAAUUAAAAUCCUAAAAACUUUUUAAACAGUUUAAGAAA